AUGGCGCGCGUUCACGGCCGGCUGGAGACCUGGCAGUUGCUGCUAACCAUCUCCAUCUUCAUCCUCCCUUUGACCGUCCACGGGAGGCAUGCACUGGGCAGGCACCAUCGUCACCACAAUCAGACAUCAGUCCAUAAAGAGGUCUUGACCCCCAAAAUGGUUCUAAGCGAUGACUCUGCAGAGAGAGACCACCUGAUUGGCCUAGGAGCAUCACUACCACUCAGCUCCAAACGCCACCACUCUCACAAACACAAAUACCUAGACUUCAUUGAAGAGGAGACCCCCAUGGGAGAGGAGUUCACUGCUGGAGGGGCAGGCCCAGACCAGCCUGGGAACCCCAUGGUGGAUGGUGUAAUCGUAGCUUUUCACAGCCCAGCACCUGACACAGUGCCAACUGAUGAAGAUGUGGCUUGGGCCAAAGCUCCACAAGCCCAAAAGCAAAAAACAGACAGUAAACAACCAUCAUGGUCAAUUAAGGACUUUUACGAAUACACCGACACUGAUCUCUCUGCAGUAGAUCCCACCUCUGAACCAGAGCCCACCCCAUCACUUCCUGCUACCAUGGAAGAUGAAAACCCAAUGCUGCCCGAAGUGACCAAGAAAGUAUGGCCGGACAGUGGGGCGUCUUUGCCUGCCCCGCCAAAGCUCAUCCCAGGAAAAGAGGUGGAUGUUGAACGAGUAGACGGCUGCAAAUUGGGCUUUGUGCGCUCUGGGACAGGGGUGUGCAUGUCUCAGUGUGAAUUGGAACCAAAUUUCUGUUUGAAUGAUGGAGUCUGCACUGUGGUGCCUGGAAUGGGUGCCUUUUGCAGGUGCAAUAUGCAAAACUACAUCUGGAACAAAGGCACACGUUGUGACCAAAUGGUGACCGAGUUUCAAGUGAUGUGUGUGGUUGUGGGCGUAUCCUCCUGUGUGCUCCUCCUCCUUUUCAUGAUCAUCGUAUGUUUUGGCAAAAGACUGCACCGCCUCAAGAGCGAGAACAGGCGUCUUCGCAAACGCAGUAAAUACCGUCCUCAAAGCACAGAACCACAGACUGAUGGCCUCUCCCUUUCAACAACUGCAGACGGCUCUCAGCCCAAUGUAAGGAAACUGUGUGACACCCCUCCACCUGUACCCCAAGCUCACACCCACAACCUGGCGUACUAUGACAACAUUAUCUGUCAGGAUGAGCCCCAGAAGCACAAUGACCUCAAGUCCCCACAAUCCAAGGAAGAUGGCUCUAUGAACAUCCUCAACUCUCACUCUCCGAAACAUGAGAACAACCGUCCCACCUCAAUGGGUCCAGAGCACGCCCCUCACACUGCAGAGGAUAAUGCAGAGGUAAACAUGCUCCAGAACAACCUGGUAUAA